AGACUUUGUAGUCAGGAGAGAAAUAUUGCAUUUCUAACAUUACAACUUUACUUUUGGACUUAGUCAUUGCCCAAUAAAGGCCGCAAAUAAGAAGUUCUAUUCCAUAACUGAUUUUAAUUCUUACAAAUCAACAUGAGCGAUAGUUCUGAUGACGAAUGGAGUGAAUCCUUUGUGCCAUACAGCCAAAGAAAUGAAUGGAAAGAUAUAACCCCAUUACCACAGGAUGAUGGAUUGCAUCCAGUUGUCGCAAUUGCCUACAGUGCAAAAUUCCGUGAAAUAUUCGAUUAUUUCCGUGCUAUAUUGGCUCGCAAAGAAAAAUCCGCUAGGGCUUUGGAGCUGACAACAGAUGCCUUGCGCCUCAAUCCGGCUAACUACACUGUAUGGCAGUAUAGACGUGACAUUUUGCGAGAGUUGGGUAGCGAUCUGAACGAGGAGUUAAGCUAUAUUGAAGAAGUUAUUACGGAGAAUGCCAAAAACUAUCAGGUUUGGCAUCAUCGUCGUGUUAUUGUGGAAAUGUUGAAUGAUGCAUCCAAAGAGUUGGAGCUGACAGAAAUGGCAUUAGGCACUGAUGCCAAAAACUAUCAUGCUUGGCAGCACAGACAAUGGGCUAUAAGAACAUUCAAUCUUUAUGACGGUGAAUUGGCAUUUACUGAUCGCCUAAUAUCCGAGGACAUCCGCAACAAUUCGGCAUGGAAUCAACGUUUCUUUGUACUUAAACAUUUCGGUUUCACUCCGGAGGUAAUACAACGAGAAUUGGAAUACACCAUGAAUCGUAUACGCAUUGUGAAAAACAACGAAAGUUCCUGGAAUUACCUUAAGGGUAUUCUGCGACAAAGUGAAAGUGGUUCCCUUUCACAAUUCCCCCAUGUCAUAGCAUUUUGUGAAGAGCUCUACAAUAAUAACUCUAGAUCACCGUACCUUAUAGCAUUCCUGAUUGAUGUUUACAGUGAACAAUGUUUAGCAACGUCUGAUGGUGGUGAACGAGAAACUUUGUCCCGUAAAGUGUAUACACUGUGCGAUGAUAUGUCCAAGAAACAUGAUAUAAUACGUCGUAAAUAUUGGCAAUAUGUUGCCGAUCAGCUGAAAUCGAAAGUAGGUUCGAAACAGUUGUAAGAGUUGUGCAUCGAAAAGUGCCAAAAGCACACUUCCAAGAAACUGCAUACAAAAGAAGUUAACUUUAGGUUUAGUUUGCCACUACCAGUCACUUUUCCAGGAUUGCAUCAAGUCAGAUUUUGUCUAAAUGUUUGUGAUUUAAUUUCAUUGUCUAUUUUUAAUAAAAACAGAAAAUACUAUUUACAUAAAGAA